GCGUCUCUGGAAGAAAUUACAAAACGACGAUUUAAAUGGAAAUGUCUAUCGGCGAUCGUGUGAUACCGGAUCACUUCACGAACGACGAAUUGAAAGCUUCGAGGGAGAUUCAUGUCUUUUCCGGCUAUAAGUGAAAAACGAAAAUUCCGUUCGAGUUUUUAGUUACGAUCGCUCGCUUCGUUUGUUAGAAAUCGCAGUGAAAAUUGAAAUAGAAGUCAAAAGUGUUCUCUGAAAAAUACGGUUCCAAAUAGGAAGAAAUCAUCCUGAUCGUCUUAUCCAAUGACACGUUGAGAAGGCUAACGUGACAUUUUAGUUAAGGAACAUGGCUAAUAAAGACUUUAAAAUUUGGCGAAUGAAGUAACAGGAAGGUUUGGUGGAAUUUAUUUAUGUUUUAUGAAACGUUAUUUCAAAAGUAAAUAAAACAUAAAUAGUCGUUGAAACUAUGGCUCUUUUAUCGAAUCACCACGAAUACCCAAUUUCUCCUGAAAUUGUAACGACCACCACUUAUCAGACCGCGACCAGAAGUUACGAUACUUUGUAUCCGUCGCCGUACAACUCUCCGAAUUACGAUCCUAUCAAGGUGUCGUACGGAGAGAAUUACGCGCACAAAGGUGAGCUCACUCCGCGAAAAGAGUCCGAGACGAUUAGUUACGGGAAAGAGGUAGUCGUGAAAUAUUCGAGAACACCGGAUUCGUACGAAAGAAGCUCCUUUAGUGUUUUAACACCUGUCACGCCUCAAAGGUAUGAACCACAGCACGCGAUAAAUCAAACCGUUUCUCCAAGAACGAUGCUACACGAAGACAAUUCCAUGGAGUAUCAGCCAUCAGCCUAUUGUUACGAAACGCCACCUCAAGAACAAAAGUUUCAAAUCCUCGAGAGCGGGAAACCGAUGCAAAUGGCUGUCGAACAACGAAAUAAUUCUUGGGAACCUGUCACAUCUCUGCAGAAACAAGUAUCACCUACCAAUAGUCCCCGAAGAGGAAGACGACGAUCUAGGGACAUACCGCCAUCGCCAAGUGUAUUAAAACGUCGACGUUUGGCAGCGAACGCACGCGAAAGACGUCGAAUGAACGGUCUGAACGAUGCUUUCGAUAAAUUGCGCGAAGUUGUACCGAGUCUUGGAGCAGACCACAAACUUAGUAAAUUCGAGACAUUGCAGAUGGCGCAAACUUACAUCGCGGCGUUGUGCGAUCUUCUUCAGGAACACGAUGGAAAGUGGCAGUGAAUCGAUGUAAGUUUAUUUAUUUAUAGGUUAUACAUUGUGAGAUUAAAAGAUACAAUUGAAUUUUAGAUGAAAAAAUUAUGAUUUAUAGCCGGAAUAAUGAAUAGAUAUAAUAAAGAAAGAGAAAUAUAAGAACUGAUGAAAGGAAAAUAAUAGAUAGUAUACUAUAAUAUAGAAAAUCUUGUGAGAAUUAGGUAUUUAAGUUUGUCAUUUAAUUUUUUACUUAAUAUGAAUCGUGUGUAAUAUUUGGUUGAUAAAAAUUAAUUUGCAUGUAAUUUGUACCUUUCGUUUAUAAAUUUAUAAUUAUAAAUUGUAUACGAUCAGACAGCUAAUAAUCCAAAGAAAUGUUCUAUAAAUUUAUAAACUUGCAUUAAAAAUAAUUAGAUUGUCAUUAAACAAAGGCUUUGAUAUUAUUUUUUAAUUUCGUAUCCGUGCCAUUAUUAUUAGUACAAUAUUUUAAAUGGUAUUUUUAUAUAAGUAUUAGAAACUUUACAUAACUGUAUGCACACAUAAUGUAUUACGAAAUUAUAAUCCAAUUAAUUAUAUAUGAAGAUUGCUUUGUAAAGCAAUUUUUUAAUUGUAAUAAUACGUUUUGCUAUUUCGAAUUAUUUUAUAUUAAAUUCUCUCGUUGCAAGUGUUGGUGAUUUAUGCAUGUAUUGUAUAUUUAUAUAUUUAUUGUGUAACUAGUCAAAAAUAUUUUGAAAAACAAUUUCAAAAUUUGUAAGGCUAAGAAUUUUUCUAAACCGUCCAUUUAAUAGAAUAAAUAUAUACGAAAAUUAUACGA